GGGAGGGUAGGAGGCUCAAUCCAGGACCCAUGGAGGAGGCAGUGCCCACCCCGCCAGGAGCAGGUGCGGGGCGGGGCCGCUAUGGGCGGCAGGGCGGGGCUCCUGCUGCAGCUCCGCCCCAGGCGCAGGUUUAAAAGGAGGGAAGGCGGGCCCCCUGGAGCCAGCUGCGGGCGCGGGCUGGCAGACGGAGCUGUAGGUACGGCCAUGGCCCGGCACGCGGGGGGCGCUUGGGGGCUUAGUGGCCUCCUGCUCUUCGCGCUGCUGGCAGCCGGUGUCGCCCCGCUCAACUGGGAUCUUCCGGAAUCCCGGGGCCGAACAAGCAAGAUCCGAGUGCACCCGCGGGGCAACCUCUGGGCUACCGGUCACUUCAUGGGGAAGAAGAGUCUGGAGUCCCCCAGAGCAUUCCCGUUGGGGACAACUCCCCAUACCUCCCUGAGGGACCAGAGACUGCAGCUGAGUCAUGAUCUGCUCAGGAUCCUACAGAUAAAGAAAGCUCUGAGCAUGAGCUUCAGCAGCCCAGCACCCCAAACCCAGUACAGGAGGCUGCUGGUGCAGAUACUGCAGAAGUGAUGCCAGUAAUGGGGCAGACACAACAUGGCUUAGAUUGUGCCCACCCAGGCAAGUUGCUGAAUGGAACCCUAGUGGUGGCCCCAUCUGGAUGUAAAUCCUGAGCUUGAAUCUGUUAUUCCAUUACUGUGAUUUCCGUUUGGUUCGCCAGAAAUAUUGCAGUUGCAAACACAACCUAUGUUCCUGCUGUUUUUCUUGCUUCUCUGAUGAAGUUGUGAAUAAAACCCUGCUGUUUAUAUAUAGAA